AUGCCCCGAUGGGGAAGACCACCGGGGGCACGAGUGGGGAGACAAACCGGGAGACUUGCGGCUCCGUGGGUGGAUGAGACUUCGAGGAUCGACGGAUUUGAUAGUGAAGAGGAGGAUGUAUACAGUCGCCCAAAUCUACGCUUAUUGCACGCAAGGCAAUCAGUGGAACGGGGCAUUGAUGGAGAUUCGGGUUGGCGGAGGCGGAUGAUAGAGCAUGACGACUACUACGAAGACAAAUCGGCACCAGUCGAUGAGAUGGACUAUGACUUACAUGAUAACAUGGACAGCACGGUGGCCUAUGCAGUGCAGUUAGCCCUGAAGGACAAGGAGGAGCGGUUAGUGAAUCAGGCUCUCGACCGGAUACGACGCGCACAAGUUCAGGGCCAGAGAAACGUGCGCUUGUCAAAACGGGAGCUGGAAGCGAUCGAGCGCAAGCGAACAGGGUCGAGCAACAGACCGAAAGGGACGUCCUUCGAUACUCGCCACUUGAGGCCUCCUGAAAGUCCCAGCAGACGAGUCACUGGGGAUGCACCAUAUGGCAAUUUCAAUAUGCCGUCCCCCAACAAGCACGGGCCGUCUCUCUUGGCGAACAACAACAGUGCCUAUGCCUUUUGGGCACGGACUUCAGGUGCUUCUCUCGGGGCCGGAGGCAGCCCCCAAGCGCCAUCUACUCGCUCUCAAUUUAAUCACACCUCGCCUAUAUCUUCGCUCCAGCCAGCGUGUUCACUCGAGCGAAUUCCGUCGGCGGCUCUUGUUCGCAAUUCUGGAUCUAUGCGGAGACCGGCCGUCGAGCCCUCCCCCAAUGAUACUCAAUGGGUACCAUCCUAUCAGCCUCCAUACCCGAUGGAUCCCACAUCCCCAUACCCGUCAGAUUCUCGGCUCGGAUCGGUCGGUCGAUCAGGAAAGAUGUUCGUGCUCAACCAUCGGAGUGUCUUUGACGACUCUUCCAGCAGCGCAAAGAACGGAUUUAUAGCGCAGGGGCGGCCAUCCGGGGCGACAGAGACAUAUCUCCGCGAGAUCGGGGGGAACCAGAGCACUUAUUUGGAGAACAGUAGCGAAGAAGCGCCCAUUGUAGACGGAGCAAAGGGGCGAGUGCUCAGCAGCAUGCCAACGCGGGUGUCAUCUGGGCGAGAAAGUCGUCAGCGCGGCAGCCGUCCUUGA